CUCAUUGAAUGAAAAAUGAUAGUAUGAGUAGAUGGGCAGUGAUUUUUCUUUACUUUUGAGAGAGAGAGAGAAAGAGAAAGAGAGAGUACAACUCUUUCCCCCACAGCUUCUGUAAUCUAUCAAACUUUUUUGACACAUGUGUUAUUGUUUAUACACAAAUGUGAAUGUGUUGUACAUAUAAGUGAUAUAUUUUAUUACAUUUAGCAGCAGCGUGCAUUACAAUGUUUGCAUUACUAGGAGAAGUAAUUUUCUGGACUUUUGAUGACAAUAUAAACAUAGAAGAUACCGAUUUUGGCGCAUUCAAAUAUCAUGACAAACGUGUCGAUGGCGUUUAUGAAGAAGGUAAAAAAUCUUAUUGUCAAGAACGUGGUAUGACUUAUGUCCCAGAAAACAAAAAAGGAAACAAAUUGAAACAUUCUAUUAAGUAUUUAGAGGAUCAGCUCAGAGAUAAUUCUGUAAUUUAUUGUCAGUGGUAUGAUGACUCUAUUGUACAGUUAAUGCUCAGCAAUGGUUUAUUGGUACAAAUACAAGUUUGUCCCUUUACUGGUGACAUACAAGAAAUUCAUUUGGAUAAGUAUCUUAUAGGGAAAUUAUCAGAACAUGUGUCUGAUGUAAUUAUUACCAAGAACCAUGUAGUAUGUACAUACAAUGAUAAUUUAGUAACACUAGUAUAUUUCACAAAGUCUAAAACACAAGUUUUUGACAAGAUUAGCAAGCUGGAACCUAAAUUAAUCACAACAGAUUUAUUUGUACCUAAUGGACGUAGAUUAGAUAAGAAGAUUCAAGUGAACAAGAGUGCUGAUCUGAUUGUAAUUUGGCGAAAAUCCACAAUGAACGAAGUUUAUCCAUGGAGUCCUGCUAUGAAACAAUAUCAUCGAGCAAACAUGCAUCUCUUUCGACUUACAGGAACAAAAUUAGACUUGUUAUGUUACAUACGUACUGAGUUUGAUCCCUUGUGUAUUACGUUUGAUGCGUAUGAUGACAAUAUUAUUCAUUCCGUAGAACAAAAAGUCUCAAGAAAGGGAGAGGUCACUGUUGAGUGGCGUACUUACGAGGUUUCUCGGCAGAAUAAAUUAAAACGAAUCGCCGUGAUUUCUGUGCCACUGCCGACGCACACGAGUUGCGUGAGAUUUUCGCCUGGUCAGGAAUUAUUGCUGCUAUGCUGCAUCGAUGGCACUAUUGUAAUGUAUGAUCAAACAAAAUUGGCAACCAACAGUGUGAAAGCAGCGUUUAUACCUACUUUAGCUGCUUGGCACAGCGACGGUAUGAUAUUCGUGGUGGGCAACGACAGAGGCCAGUUUCAACAUUUUGAUCUCACUUUAACUUGCAUUAAAAGCCAGACUUUGAGCGACGAAGCAACGCCUGCGAAUAUUCUCGACUUAUCGCCGUAUUUUAGGAAUCAGCAUGCUCUAUUACGUAUGGAAUGGAACAGGAAGAGCGAUCUAAAUCAGAUUCGCUAUUACAGUAACGGCAAUUCUCUGUUCUUGCUGCUUUUUGAACGAGGACCAAUCGGUGUUAUUAAAGUGAUUGAAGGUGACACUCUCUCCGGGGAUGAACUAGUCAGAAGAUACUUGUGUGAAUCUCGGGUAGAACAGGCAACUGCCUUACUGUUGUCAAUGAAUUGGGACACACAUUCGCGUGUGUGUAUGCAUUCACUCAAUCAAAUCUUAAAUUAUUUAUUCAAAUUACCGUUGACAGCGGAACGAGAAGCUCUGAUACAGAACGCACUGGGUAGUUUUCAUGUGCCUGUUAAACCAAUAAGUCAGGCAGUUGAAGAAGAAUAUGGAGAUGAAGUGAGGGACUUGACAAGACGAUUCUUCCAUUACCUAUUGAGAUACAGAAUGUUUGAGAAAGCCUUCAGAUUAGCUAUUGAUUUAAAUGAUCACGAUCUUUUUAUGGACAUACAUUUCUACGCUACGGUCCUGAAUAAUACUGAACUGGCAAAUGCGGCCAAAGAGAAAGCUGAGAAUAUUUUGAGCAGAUCGAAUAGUUGCAGUGACUCACAUUCGACAUGUUCACGAGCAUCGUGCUCCAUAUGCUCCGAUUCGGGCAACGAAAAUGACGAGGAAGGAGAGGAGGAGAGAGAGGAAAGAGAAGAAAAAGAAGAACAAGAAGAAACUUAUAGCGAAGAGAGUGAAGAUUCUCGAAAGGAAGAAAGAAACAGUUUGAAAUACUCAAAGAGACACCGUUACAGAAAAGCCGCUACUUCCAGUCAAAUCCCGCCCCUACCGGUUGUUCGCCCCCACAGUAUCAAAAGUACUGUGCUCUCCCAGUCUUACAACAAGAUCCCAUUCGCCAAUAAGACUGACUAUAAUUUAAUAUCUUCGUCUUUUGACAAUUCUAAUAUCUUAACUACCACUUCGUUUAGUCACUCUUCGCAUAUUUCGAGUCCAUUUCUGGCAUCGACUUCCUUCAGCAAACCAUCAUACAACACACACUUAAAUUUCACAUCAACUAGUACAGCGAACAAUGUUAUCGACAGUUCUCCGACGUUUAAUAACGUAUCAGACGAUUUGAUGAGCACGUCGUUCGGCAGUAUUUCUCUCGCCGCAUCGGAAAUGAUGGUUGAUAAGCCCAGCAACAACUUCGACGAAGCGUCGUAUCGCAGAGCGUUACUUAAUGAAAUUCCGUAUUCCUUCAACGAUACCGCAAAUGCGAUGCCGACUUGUGCGCAGGACGACAGCUUUAUUUCAACAUCUUUCAACAAACCGGUAUAUGAAUCCGAAAACAUUCAGUCUAAUUACUUGACGAAUCCGUUAGACGUUGUUGACAACAAUAUCGUAUCGACGUCGUUCAGCACACGAAUCGGCGCCACUCCUGUCUCGCACAUUUUCAACAAUAAGUCUGAAACGACUUCUUCCACGUUACGAAACGUGAAAUCUUCCAAGAUAUCUGAUAAACUGUUAACCAAAAUCCUCAGUGAUACCGACGCUCUCGCAACGGAACAAUCGUCUCUUCUGGACAAUACCUGUAACAAUCUAAUGUCCACCUCGUUCAACUAUCCCGAAACUGGUGCAGCUGCUGAAAGCAGUAAUAUUGCAUCAUUUUCCAACGCGUUUAUCAGCGCUAACGAUCAAGUCGCAAAGUUACAACAUUCGGUAACGGAAGAAAAGGAAACGAGAGUUCCGCCAUCGUCGUCUCUGACAAGUUCUUUCGCUACUUAUGUCUAUGGUUUACCGAAAAAAAAUUAUCCCUUGUCCAGGAGUACUCCAGGUUUGACAGAUCUCGAUGAAUCGAUUCAUAAAUUUUCACCGAGCAGCAAACCGAUGCACAUAGCGUCGCGCAUAUUGCAAAAACCGAACUCUAUGUCUAACAUUUCUCAAAGCCAAAAAGCGUCUUUUAAAAGUUACAAAUACGAUUACGAUCUGGAUUACAUAUCUUUUCAUGGCACUCGUGACAACACAGAUCUACAAAUAACCGGCAGAAAAUUUGUUCCGCAAAAUUUUCAUCUUGGUUACAACACACAACAUAAAUUACUCGAAACCAGGUAUCCAAGAUCUAUUCAAAACAAUUCGAAUGUUAAUGCAAACAGAGAGACCAAAUUGUUUUCUAAUGUACCACCUCUUCCUGUAAUUAAUACGUCUACUGCCAAUGCAAAGAUCUCUACGUGUCCGCCAUUCGUCGAUACGCCAGUAAGUUCGAACGAAAAGCCGAAAGUGAAGUUCUCUGACACUGUUACUCAUAUAUUAGUACCUGGUACCAGUCAAAUACAUCGGCAAAAACGGCCUACCACACAAGCACACAUAACGGAUCCUAAACGUGAAUUAGCUGAAAGUCUUCCACUCUGCUUAGGUAAUGAAGACUAUCUUAAAGAUUUUCAACCAUUGUCUAAAGAUGAUGCGGAUGAGAAAGUAAAAGAAUCGUCCAAGUCUGAUGACAGUACAAAGAUUAAAGUGGUGCAUUUUGGAUUAUUGUAAACUUCCAGUAUUAUUAAGAGAAAGAUAUAUUAAUUUCUAUUAGAGUUAACUUCUAAUCUACUUAAACUUUUUCUCUUUUUCUUAAAGAAAAUAAGACUGUAUAUUAUUAAAAAACUAUUUUGUACAAAUAUUUUUUUACAACUAAAAAGGGUGUAUAUAUCUCAGGAAAAUAAAAA